GCUAUAGGCUGGAGGAAGGCAGCUGUUGCCAUUAUAUUAGCAGCCAGCUCAGAUACAUCAGCGGCUUCACCCUCCCUGGAACAACAAAAAAUAAUAUAAAAAAUAGAAUAAGAAGAAGGAAAAAAAAAAAAAAAAAAGAUGAGUCUGGCGACACCUUCAUAAACACACGAAACUGAAAAUAAUCUAAAAAAAAAGUUAAAUCAAUGGUACAGAAAAGUAGUAUGUCCAGGACGCCUUCGACCUCAACCCAGGAGAUCCAAAUGGACAUGUUCGACCAUCAUCCACACACACAGGGAAAGUACGCCAAGAGGAAGAGCCGAUUUAAGCGCUCGGAUGGAAGCACCUCCUCUGACACCACCUCCAACAGUUUUGUCCGACAGGGCUCCGCAGACUCCUACACCAGCCGGCCGUCGGACUCAGACGUGUCCCUGGAGGAGGACCCUGAGGCUCUGAGGAAGGAGGCCGACAGACAGGCCCUCGCCACGCUCGAGAAAGCAAAGACCAAACCGGUGGCGUUUGCUGUGCGGACAAAUGUGGGUUACAACCCUGGCCCCAGCGAUGACGUUCCUGUGCAGGGCAUGGCCAUAUCUUUCGAAGCCAAAGACUUCUUGCACAUUAAAGAGAAGUACAACAAUGACUGGUGGAUCGGACGUCUGGUGAAGGAGGGCUGUGAGGUGGGCUUCAUCCCCAGCCCGGUCAAGCUGGAGAACACCCGCCUGCUGCAGGAGCAGAGGAUGAGACAGAACCGACUCAGCUCCAGUAAAUCUGGAGGAAGCUCCAGUCUUGACGUUGCCACGGGAACGCGCAGGCCCACCCCACCCGGCACAGCUCACGUGGACUCGUCCACUGUGGCCUUUGACGUUGACCCCCUCGACCUGGAUGCCGAGGAGCCCCCUGAGUUCCAGGGUGACCCUCGCUCCUCCAAGGGCAUGUCAGGCAGCGUAACAUCCCCUCAGGCCAACACCCACCGACUGCCCUUCUUUAAGAAGAUGGAGCAUGUCCCGCCCUAUGACGUGGUCCCCUCCAUGAGACCCAUCAUCCUCGUCGGGCCGUCACUCAAAGGAUAUGAAGUGACAGACAUGAUGCAGAAAGCACUCUUUGACUUCCUGAAACACAAGUUUGAGGGCAGGAUAUCCAUCACACGGGUGACAGCGGACAUCUCCCUGGCCAAACGUUCGGUCCUCAACAACCCCAGCAAACACACCAUCAUUGAGCGCUCCAGUACCCGCUCCAGCCUGGCGGAGGUGCAGAGUGAGAUUGAGCGUAUCUUUGAGCUGGCCCGCACCCUCCAGCUGGUCGCUCUGGAUGCGGACACCAUCAACCACCCCUCUCAGCUGGCGAAGACCUCCCUGGCUCCCAUCAUUGUCUAUAUCAAAAUAGCUUCACCUAAGGUCCUCCAGAGGCUCAUCAAAUCUAGGGGCAAGUCCCAGGCUAAACACCUAAAUGUGCAGAUGGUGGCAGCAGACAAGUUGGCCCAGUGCCCACCAGAAUUGUUUGACAUCAUCCUGGACGAGAACCAGCUGGAGGACGCCUGCGAGCACCUUGCUGACUACCUGGAGGCGUACUGGAAGGCGACACACCCCCCGAGCAGCAACCCCCCCAACCCUCUGCUCAACCGUACCAUGGCCACGGCGGCCCUGGCCUCCUCCCCUGAGCCCGUCUCCAACCUGCAGGGUCCGUACCUGGUGCACGGUGAGCAGAAGCGGGAAGGGCCUCUGACCGAGUGCGGUGGGAGCGGCACCCUGCAUGACUAUCAGACAGACCUGGGCGGGAAACCUCAGCAGCAGCAGCAGCAGCAGCAAACGUACAUGCGCUCGUCUCGUGGUCAGCUACGGGGAGGGAGCGGGCGGGGCCUGUCACGGCAAGACACCUUCGACUCUGAGACCCAGGGCAGCCGGGACUCUGCCUACACCGAGGCUGGCGACUCCUGCAUGGACAUUGAGACUGACCCCUACGAAGAGCCUGAGCCCUACCGAGGGGGCGGGGGCAGCCGCCUCCACCUGGCGCAGCAUCACGGCAGACAGGCCUCCUGGGAAGACGAAGGCGCCGAGCCGGACCAGGAAAACCUGAACCAUCCUCCGAUGCCGAGCCAGACGCAGCCGCAUGGACGCGCCAAGCUGAGGGAGCGUUACUGCCAGGACCCUGUGGACACGGGGGCCAACAUGAGUCGCAACAAGAACCAGGACGACUGGGGGAGGGACGUCUACAUCCGCUGAACACGCAUCAUACCGCAGAGGGAAGGAAGCGACUGGACUGAGGAUGGAGGGAGGGA